AAAACAGUUUUACUUCUUACGCUCAAUACAUAUUUCUUGUAUGAUUAUUUCGGAAUGAAAUAAAAUCAAAAACUUGUAAGAUUUUACACGAGAUUUUAAGUUUCGCGCUGUGUUAACGGCCAGUCAGUUACGUAUCCGUACGUAUAAGAAAACCAAUCUAUUAAAAUGCCUGGGCUUGCAGUAAAGCAUCGCCUCAUUGAAAAUAUUUUUAAUUCAUUUAUUUCACACUGGUUCUAUGAUUCAAAAACAGUCCAUUACAAACUUCAUUCCAAAAUAGGUUUUUAAACAGUGCACAAUUAGUAGCGCUGUCUAUAGCUUGUCAAAGUAUUCACUCGUUUUUCGCCGAUCAUUUGUUUUUAAAUGUGGAAACCUAUAAUUUUGGACGUCGAGUGCAUCGUUUGCAACAAAUCGUUGCAAAAGAUAAACCACGUUCCUGUAGACGCGACACAGAAAAUGGGAAGGAUUAUAAAGCUAAAUAACAACCGAAGACUAAGAACCCCUAACUGGUCACUUGAAGAAAAACGGUACCUACUGGAGUUAAUUAAGGAACGCAAGGAAGUGGUGGUAACUAAAACUAAUAAUGGUCCAAACCAUUACGAAGAAAAGGACGUAGCAUGGAAUGAAAUACUACGUGAGCUUUCUGCAAAAUUUGGUUGUAAGUUUACUGGUAGUUCCAUAAAGAAAGUGAAGACUCAGUGGCAGAAUAUGAAACGAAUAGCCCGCGAAGAAAUAGCACUUAACGGACCUCAACUGCAAAAUUAUUCUAGACUAUCCUUAGAAGUUUGUAAUUUACUUGAGUUAGUGAAAGAUGGUGUUUUGAAGGGAGAAAAUGAAAAUUUAAAUGAUACUUCAAUCACAACAAAUAUUGAAAUCAAGGCUGAAUGUAUUGAUGAGGAAAUUAACCAGCCAAGUUGCAGUGGUAUAAACAAUACCACUACUGUAUCAAUGGAUUCUGAUAUGCCACAAGAUAAAACCAACAGUACAAGCCAGUUGGAGUCAUCUUCAUCUUCAGUCUCUGAGCAAAUCUCUGAAACAAAUGAUUUUGAGACGCCUGAUGAAAAUAUUCAGAAUAAAAAUAAUUGCAACAUGAGAUCCGUCUCGGCCAUGACUGAUAAACCUUAUGAGAAUGUGGAUGAAGCUUGUAAAAUGAUUAACCCAUUUCACAGGGAACUACAGGAGUAUUUCAAGUACACUGCAGCAGAAAAGCAGAUGAAGAUGGAGUCACUAAAAGAAGAACGUCAAGUCAUGAGAGCUAUGAGAGAGACGGCUGAGCUUAACAAAAUUAUUGCAGAGCAAAAGUUGAAGCAUGUGCUCUGGGUGAAAAAGCAAGAAAUGGCGUAA